GUGGGUCAAAGGAGGUUAGCGCGAGCACUCAAGCCCCCUACAAAGAGGGCGAGAGUUGUCGAGGAUAGCCCCGCAUUGAGUCCUAAGGCUCGGGCCCCGACCUUUCUAACUAUCGAAGUGAUCACUGCUGGAGUUGUGUCCAUUAAUGUCGAGGUGGGCCCAGCACGAUGUGGACCUAUUCCUGGGGGUGUGGAAGGCUGCAACUCGAGGUGUCACAAAUCGGUCAUGGCUAGCAGUAUUGGUGGGAGUUUUUUGGACGAUGUGGCUAGAGGUAGCCAAGCUUUUAUGGAGCUGAUUCCUUCAGUCAACCUCCAUCGUUCC